GGGUCGUUAUGUACAACUUGUAAUGGGACCUGCUGGUACUGGCAAGUCCACAUACUGUGCCACAAUGUUAUCGCACUGUCAAAAUUUGGGACGUGUUGUCCAUUUGAUGAAUCUUGAUCCAGCAGCUGAGAAAUUCGAGUAUGAGCCUUCAAUAGAUAUUCGUGAUUUGAUUACAUUGGAAGAUGUCAUGGAGGAAUUACAAUAUGGUCCUAAUGGGGGUCUAAUAUAUUGUCUUGAGUUUUUAUUAAAUAAUUUGGAUUGGCUAGAAGAAGAAUUAGGCGAUUAUGAAGAUGAUUAUUUAAUUAUAGAUUGUCCAGGACAAAUUGAACUUUAUACACAUUUUCCAAUCAUGAGAAGUAUUUGUGAUUGCCUACAAAGAUUAGGUUUUCGAAUUUGUGGUGUUUAUUUAUUGGAAAGCCAAUUUAUUGAAGACCAUUCUAAAUUUUUUGCUGGUGUCUUAAGUGCAAUGUCAGCAAUGAUUAGUUUAGAAAUACCUCAUAUUAAUGUAAUGUCAAAAAUGGAUCUUUUAGGAAAAGUUAAAAAAAAAGAAUUGGAAAGAUAUUUUGAUGCUGAUCCUUUAUUAUUAGCAGAAAAAGCAAAUGCUACUACAAAUCCUAAAUUUCAUGAUUUGAAUAGUGCAAUUGUAAAAUUGAUUGAUGAUUACAACAUGGUUAAUUUCAUACCAUUAAAUAUAAAUGAAGAAGAUUCAAUUACACUAAUACUGUCACAUGUUGAUAAUGCAUUACAAUUUUUAGAAGAUCAAGAACCAAAAGAACCAAGG